CAAAUGAUCAUCUAAGUCUUCCCAGUAGCUCAUUAAAUAUGCAUAAACAUUUCGACCAAUCAACUCCCUUCACUUCGGAUGCGUAGGGGGGAAACCUUUACCGAUUGGAAUAGUUACGAACUCGCUAGCUUUUCUUGGUUUGGAAGUUCAGGUAUUAUCGGCUUUGUCGUGCACUUUUGGCGCUUUUUCGUUACUAUGACCGACAAGGAUACAAGUAGAGCUCGCAAAAGAACAUAUAAUAAAAUAAGCGAUGUACAAAGGUCAAAACUACAAGAAUAUUACGACGGCGGCAUGAAAACAUGCGGUUCUGAUAAUACGGAAAAAAUUGGAGUGGCAGCCGAGGAAACUGGGCUGACUAUUGAUCAAGUAAAGAAAUGGAUUGGAAAUGCCAGACAAAAGGAAAAGAUAAAUUCUGGAGUACAAGCAGCUCCAAAGCCAAUUAAGAUCCCAACUGGUUCACGUGGCUCACACUCCUACAACAUGUUCUGUUCAGAGUAUUUCAAGUCAGAUGAGUGCAAGAAAUUGUCCUUGGCUCAAAAGAAUGAAGAAGCUGCCAAGAAAUGGCGUGACAUGACAUCUGCAGAAAAAGAUGCGUUCAAAGGAAAAGCAGAAAGUUUAAAGGCCCCUGAUGUUUCAGAGCUAAGUGAGGCUCAAAAAUCUAAAUUGAUGUCAGUUCACAGAAAAAAUCUUCUAAAUGAGAUCAUGUUUCUAGAAGACUUGGGCUGUGAAUCUUCUCUGAUUUUUCAAGACACUUCAGGCCAAGUGUACAACUUUGGAUCAAGUGCAGGUUUCUCUUUCUUAUGCCUGAAUCCUGACAUCAACAUCAAAUUCCGAGACCACUUUGCUUGCACCAAUGAGAGGUACACAUACAAAGAUGUACAACAGCUAUUCAAUUCCAAAUACAGUGAAGCAAUAAAGAAACCAGGCAGCAGGGUGCCGUAUCUACGUGGGGGUUUUACAGUAGAAAAUCUCCCAGAUGGCAUUUUCUUUAAGAAACCCUUCCAUUAUGGCACUAAACAACUCCAGGCUAUAAUGGAGAAAAAAAGCGAAAUUAAAUUCGUGAUUACCAGUAAUGCAAAUGUAAACUUGCAAAGCAACAGGGAUUUUAUUCCCUCUCCAACUCAGCCUGAAACAGUAGUCACUCUUCUGUCCAGGAUAGUGGACAGACAAUGUGCAGAAAGGGUAGUUAGACUGUCUGACAAGAUUAAAGAACAAGAUGUGGAGGUUGUGGAGUUGAGACUUGACCAGGAAGAGAGACUAAGAUUAAAUGAAUAUAGUUUUUAUUUUGAAGAUGAUGCAUGGCUUGCUGUUGGUGCUAAUAUUCAACACUCCACAGAAGCACAAGGGCUUAUUGUCCCAGUGUUUACUGAGUCAGAAGAUGAGAAAUUCUGGCUUUUCUACACUAUCCAGAAUCCAUCAAAACUAGUCAAAGCUUCAUUUACUUACAAGAUAAAAGGGUAUUGGCUUGACUUACAAGGCCAAUCCAACUACAAAUUACUGAACAAUCAUCAGGAUUAUGUUACUAUUGCCAACUUGAUCAAAAAUGGACCCUAUGGACCAUUAUAUUUUUUGCAGGGGAUGGAAAUUUCAGAUGACCAGUAUUUUAAUAUACCUGAAGUAUUUAACAAUGCAAUAUUUGCUGCCUUAAGAAGUAGCACUAUUAUUUAAAAUUUAACAAUAUGUACUUUUCAAUUUAAUAUACCUUUUCUAAGAACCUGUUGGAAAGCCAAUUUUAUAGCCAGCUGACAUACAGAGAAUCCUAAAUUGUAGUUCUUAAAUUGUUACUAUUAUCAAACUUAAUAGAUAAUGAUUAGCCUAGAAGUUUGUUUGCUAAUUUGUUGAUCAUUUUCAGUGGUCCAAGUGGUGUGUCUACAAAUGAAUACAAAAUCCAGUAUAAAGUACUUUUAUUACCUAUUACAAUAGGCUACAUGCAUGUCAUACUUUCUAACAAAGACCACUUGUAGAAGCUUGAUUGUACAAAGAAAACCAGAAACAUUACAUUUUGCCAUUUUUGUGUACUAAUGAUAAGUACUUUUCAGAAUCUUUGCCAAUAUUGUGUACUUUUGGUAGGUGGUAAUCAAAGCGUCGUCCAACCCAGGUACAUCCCUGUAGUGGACAACAUCUAAUGGGCCUCUUGGUUUUGCUGAAAAUAUAGGAAAAAUGCAAUGUGUCAAAAUGAGCAUGAAUUGAAAAAAGUCAAGAAUGCUGUGUACAGUAGAGAAAACACUCAUCUAUGUAACUACAAUGAACACAAUCCUCUGAAAAACAGAACUGAACAAUAAGAAAUGUAAUAAAAUACCUAUUUUCCUGA